AGCGCACAGUCCAUUUUUGAUCAGAAAGCCCGAACCUAUCAAAGAUUCAACAUCAAGGAAAACAGCAAUGGACGUUUUAAAUAGAGCACAGACAGACCAGAUGAUUCAAAAAUUGGCAGAAAUGAGGGAGAGUGUCCUUAAAAAAAAUGAUGCGCCUUCAACAGAAGAACUAUUUUUGAAUGAAAGUAUAACGAACGUUGAGACAUAUCUUAACAUACUUUCGGAUAGGGAUGUCAUUGAGUAUGACAAAGAAACUUUGGGAAUAAUUCAGCGAUUGAAGCAGAAUCUACGAUUUCUAUCAGAAAACAGACACGCUAAAUCAGACUUUGAUUUCAAGAUGAUGGUGGGCAGAUUGACAGAAACGCUGAAUACGAUACUACAGAAAAGAAAAAAGUCUGAUAGCACAGAUCAAGACGCAGUCAAAGACGUGCUAGAUGGAGAAAGCUGUACCGACCCCUUCAGGUCAACAGAUAAUGCUCAGACAUCAAUGGCAAUGCAACAUAAGGACAAAGGAAGAACACCAGAUAUUAUUGAGUCAACCUAUAUUGACAAGCAGAAAGCAGAUGAAAAACGUACUGAGAUUCCGCCUGUUCCUGGAGCCUUUUACGAUAUUGGUUGCGGAAUUCAACUCUACUCAACUUCGGAUGUCUCUAACAUAAUCCAAGCUAUUCAAUGGAAAUCAGACGAUUUCCAACGGUCUUAUAAACCAGAUGCAGUGUUACAGAACUACAAGUUUGAGACAGAUUUUUUCCAUAUCGCGCCAAAAGAUCCAAAGGAUAACCGGAAUUUUCCAAAAGAUAGUUCAGGGAAGAUAUCUGUGAGAGUAAAGCUGCCAAAUGACAUCAACUAUCAGUUUCUGCUUUUGAAGGCCUACAUUAAAUUUGGACCCAAGUGGACUUUGGUCGACGCUACUUUAAAGGAUAAAUCAGUGACGUUUCAAGCUGUUAAAUUAGAUGCACUUUGUAUUGUAUCAAAACCAUUAAAAGAACGUGUAAACAUCUUACCAAAUGGUUGCAAGUAUGUAGCGCAAACCGACAACAGAGUUGAAGUAACCUUUCCUCCUGGUGCAGUUGAGAAUGAGGAAUCUGUAACGUUACAUGUCAUUCCUGUGAAUAAAGCAAUUUUGCGAAGACAGUACGAGGAACGGAGUAAAAAUGGAGAAGCGAUUCUGGCAAUUUCUGAUUGUUUGUAUACUACUGGGGAUACAAACCUAAAGCAGAAGGUUCAAGUCAAACUACCACUGAAUGAUAUCAGAAAACCCUCUGAGUCAGAUGAAGACUAUGUGUACAGACUUUUCAGACAAAAUACACAUGGACAAUUUACAUUAACAGAUAACGUGGUUACGGUUGAUGAAAAUCAUACUGCAGUUUUUGAGACGGACAAGAUUUCUGGAACAAGCGUUUCUCUCAUAGGCAAGGAUGAACUAAAGAAAGGUCCACUAGAAAUAUCUGGAAACAUUGAGGAAAUGCAUGGUCAUCAAUCCAUCUGCAAAAUUCUAUUCUUUGUAAGUGAGGUGACGUCACGUGGCCUUACAGUUCUGCUCGCUUGUAUUGAAAAAUCAAAAAUGCAAGCGUUUUGCCAAAACUGUGAAGAGAGAGGCUUCCAACUUUUCAAGAACUGGAUAAGCAAAGAUUUAGUCUUCAAACCACAAAUCAAAAUAUCCAUCAAUCUUAAAGGAUGUUUCAGUAUGCCACGUUUCUCGUCAAGGAAACGAUUAGAUAUGACCUUUUUGCCAAAUUCCACAGAGAAUUUUACAAGGUUCGUAGUAGAAAUUAAACCAAAAAUGGACCAAGAUGUGUACGGUAUUUUGUUACUCACCAAGGAUCAGGAAUUUUUGGAUGAAAUAAUUUAUAAUACACUACUCAACAAAGAAUACGCAAACGCUUCAUCUUCCAGAAAACCAAUUGACCGACAAAGAUCACAGCGGUCUGAUCUAAGGACAACCAAAGGAAAAAGUUUUAUAGACAGGCAACCGACUGUUCCAGUUCGUCAAUUCAGCGAAGAUGAUUUCUUGUCAGAAAAAGGCAUUAUGGCUAUAGCAAAAUUGCUUAAUGCAGACAAAAUGUUUGAAACUGUUCUUAAUCUGGAUAUGAAACAAGUUCAGUAUGAUCAAAUUUGUGAAAAGUUUCCAUCGAGUAAUAGACAGGCUUUCACAUUACUAAAAACUGCACUCGAUCAGUUGAAGAAAAACAAAGUCGACAAGUUAACAUCCGCACUUGAAAGUGCCGAGGAAGGGGGAUUAUCUGAAAGUAUUCGUCAGAUCUUUGAAGAGCAAGGAGAUCUGUCAAAAGUACAGAAGUAACAUGGACAGUUUAUUUGGAAAUUUUUUUAUCACUACCUGUUAUAUAACUAUUCAAGCAAUCGAGUACAUUAUUGGGUUUUAUAAAUAAAGAUUUUAGCAUUCAGAUAUGACAAAUACUGAAAAAUAUUUCCAACACAUCGAAAUAAUUAAGUGAAGAUUUCAUUUUUAAACUAUUUAGUUCAAUUGCAUUUAUGUUCUCUCAUAGGAACAAAUCAGAAAUAUUUUAGAAUCAUUAGAACUAUUUUCUUUGAGCAAGGCAUGACUAUAGAGGAGAGAAAUUGAAUAUUUGAAUUAUGUCUUAUUCAUAAAUGUUUUGAGGAUAUUUCAUGAAAUUUAAAAUUAAGUUCUUGUCUAAAGGCUUAUCUGCAAUUCUAUUGUAGGAUACAAUCUGUUUAAGUAUGGCGCCUGGUCAUUGUCUUAAAUCGAAUUAUAAGAAGAUCUAUUACUUAUAAUACGAUUAAUAGUAACCAUUCCGAAGCAAAAUCUGAGUCAACACAGAUUCCGAUAAAAUUUCCCUGGCUAAAUACAUUCAUACCAUUAUUGUAUGUGCAUUGUCUAUUGGAUUGCAAAUGGUCUGUUAGUCUUUUGAUAUUGGUGUUGAUUGCUCAUCGAUAAUGCAUGGUUGAGUUGUGUCACAUACAUAUUUGUAUAAUAAUUUUAAUAUUUGUUUUUAUAAACAGAAGAAACAUAACUUGUUUUUUUUACCAAAGAAUCUGAAAUCAUCUCCAGUUAUUUCUUAGGCUUCGGUUGCUCGGUGAUACAUUUCUUUUCAAUAGAAUGUUGAUGACUGUUGGGUGUCUUUCCGUCGGUUUUCCGUGUUUUCCCAUAGCUAUGUUUGUGUCUAUUUCACUCUGUGUUGUGGAUAUAUUGUUGGUAUCUUUAGACUCCUUUGUUUUAAUAUUAUGAAAGCCACAUAGAUUUAAUUCGAUAAAAAAUGGGAGAACAUACAUGUUGAUUGCUUAUUAAGAGAAGUUUGAAAGAGAUUGAACAGUUAAAAAGUGACAAUUAUAACAUGUAUUCGUUUUACCUAUUUGCCCUUAUUUUUAUUGUACUUAAUCAUGUAUAUCAAAGUAGAUUGAA